CGACCGUUCCCAAGCAACCGAAUCUACCGCCGAUGAAUCAGCUGCGCUGCCGCUGCCUGCUAUGCGGGUACGAAAUCGUCUCGGGUGAUGGUGAUGAUUUUGGGAGAAGCAAAUUCAACAGCAAUUACCAUGCUUUGUACGCUACCAGUGAUGAUUGGAACAGCCCAAAGCUGUCUUCGGUUGUAGAUGUCUCUCAAGAGUUUACACAAAACGUCAAACAUGGUGUCAUGGUGAUACCACGGGAAGACGAGUUCGACAUCGAUGUAUCCGACCACAUCUUCGAGGAAAGAUUCGUCAAAUACAGAGUAUCACCCACCGUACCCUCUGAUUUCCCGAGCCUUCAUUUGUGGGGAUUUGCCAUCCAUGCCGACUGCUGGAGGCUUUUGUGCGAGGUCAAUGACCAGAUGGGCGAGCAACAUCAUAUUCGCGCCUUGUUUGACUUAUGCGUAUCACAACCCAAUGUGAGCUCAGCCGUGGAUUGGUUUCACCAGUACGGCGGGCACCUGAAGCGUGAUUAUCCAAACGCCUUUCAGUGGCCAGGAGAAGUCUGCUGCCCAGGUACAACCUACACCCUUGAAAAUACCGGGGAUUCCAAUGGAUUAAGCCCACUUGAAAAUGAAUUUCUACAACGAUUCAGACGCACAGGAGAAUACCCUCCGACAGAAGUUACAUCAGAAGUUAUACCGCAAGCUAUUCUUUACCGAAAUAUGACAAGGUAUCUUGGCCUUCGUCAUGGGGAGAAAGAAGAAGAAGGCAGACAGCCACCUUAUACAGACCUGCCCGACAACAGUUUCGGCCCUCUGCCUGGUCCACUUCUAAGACUGCUGUCUCAAGACACUCGUGAUCCUUUUCAGCAUCUUCCACACGAGUUACUGACUGAGAUCCUCGUUUCGACGCCAUCAAAAGAUAUCAAAAACCUUCGCCUGGCUUCAAAGACUGUUGCAACUUUAGACUUGCCUGAACGCUUCUGGCGUUCUAGAUUCCUCAACGGCAACGAAUUCUCCUACCUUUACUCAUUUGCGUCUUGCUGGCCCGAGCCGAAAACAUGGGCUGAGAAGUACGAGAAGGCUAUGCGGUAUCACAAAUACCGCAAGGCUAUAGACUAUCUCAGAGAGCCCGACGCAAUCAUGUUGCAUCAUCGCAAAAGGGUCUGGGAACUGGGCGAGUACCUCAGCCGCCUCAUUGAGCUCCGGCUUUCUUUCCAACAUUGCUGCCCUCAAGUGACAAGGAUCGCAAGUGGAGCUGGGCAUACGUACAGAGAAGGCGGGGGAUGGCUAAGUGCGCACAUUGACCUGAUUCCGUUCAACGUCCAACCUAAAGGCGGCUUCCGGCGGUUGUUAAAAGAUGAAGGCGGCUCCCGGCAGUUGUUUGAAGAUGCCAUAUCCAUCCCAAUUGGGGAGGCUGUCAUGGAGGUCUCUGUCUCCCUUGUCUCUCUUCAUGGCGGUACUUCUCUUUCUGGUCUUACCUUCGGGCCCAAAUAUCAGGUUGGGUAUGAUAAUUACAGAAGCAGGGAAUCAGCUACAUGGUCUGGCUCCAAAAGAGUCCCAGGGGCUAUCCGAGGUUUCCAUCUGGCCCUGGACUCCCACUCACUGAGAGGUAUUCGAAUUUACUGCGUUCCUGGUGGUCUCUCUGAUUGGAUUGGUGAUCACGAAAACUUAGCCAAGCAGGCCAUAGUCCAUUCCGCCGGAUCGCUCCAAAAAGUCGAACUCGGCUUGAAUGCACUCCACGCUGUAUCUCUUUCCAUUUUCAACCAAGACUCGCAGGACAUUGUCUCCGUUCCCAAUCAAGAUGCGCAGGAUAUUGUUUCUAUCUCCAACAAAGACUUGCAGGAUGUUGUUACCAUUUCCAGCCAAGACUCACAGGAUACUGUUUCCAUUUCCAACGAAGAUGCGCAGGAUGUUGUUUCUAUCUCCAACCAAGACUCGCAGGAUACUGAUCGGACCCUGCGGAACGCAGAGUGGGAUCCUUUUCAAACUUGUCUUUUUGGUGGAGUUGAUGGCCAGAAACUACCAGAAGUCACGCAAAUCGUCUUCAGCAUGACUGAAGUUGAAGAGUGGGAACCUAGCCCAAGAUUUCUCGAAUUAUUCGCGAUAAUUAACUACACGAGAAUCAACUACAUCAAGUUUCUUCACACGCCCCCAGUCGAAGGGAGGGGAACGCAGAGGGCGCGAGCCUCCGACUCGUCCAUUUUAGGUUUGGGAGCCUACUAUGACGAGCAGUGUAACGGAUCUCUGAACCAUCGACCUACCGCCGGCGGCCCAAUUCGAGAUUUCAAGUUAAAAAUCACCCCGGAUCGCCGACUUGGAGAACACCUUGUUGGUGUGGAUGCCAUUUAUCAUCGGGGUCAUCUAGAGACACGGUUGAAUGGCCUUAUUAUAUAUACAAGCUGCGGACGAUCAAUCGAGGUCCCUCCUGGAAUCUCAGAUAUCGCAAGCGACCCGGACCUUGAAACAGUCCGUAUUCGCCCAGAAGGUGGCAAGAUCGUGGGGAUAUGCAGUCAAUUGAGCCGCAGCAAAUUCAUCAAGAAUAUUGGAUUGCUUGUAGCACCGGAGAAG